GACUCUUCUAUCAGCAUUAUCCCUGGCGUAAGUAUUACAGUAUUCUCAUAUGACUAGACUGUUUUGACAACACACUCGUGAAAAGUUCCACUCAAAUAUCUAGUGUAGUCAAAGUGUCCUAAAAUUACAAAUUUCUUUUGGCUCAAAUCAGUUUGCCACAUUUAUCGUAAACACCGUUAAUUGUUUAAUACAAAAUGUCUGAUUAUUUCGACGAAAUGGGUUGGACUCCACUUCGCGAAGGUGAAGCACCCAAUCACUUUCUACACAUGGCGCGAUUAUUGCGCGAUUUUGGAAUGUGGGAACAACUCGGUCAACAUGAAAGAUUACCGCCACCAGCUUCAAAAUCAGCACUGGAAUCAUUGGAGGAGAAGAAAGUUACGUCGGAUGAUACGCACGUGUCCCGACAAUGUCCUGUAUGUCUAAAGGAAUUUGAGAUUGGUAAUUUGGUAAAGACAUUACCAUGUCGUCAUACAUUUCAUAAGGAAUGUAUUGUACCUUGGUUGGAGAAGACAAACUCCUGUCCCCUAUGUAGGUACGAGUUACCGACAGACGAUGAAGAUUACGAAUUGUACAGAAAAGAGAAACAGCGCGCAGUGGAACGCGAGAAAGACAUUGAGACUCUACAUAAUUCAAUGUUUUCAUAGUAUAGACUUUAUCGGAAAUAAAUUAAUAUAUUCCAAGA